AUGCUGAAAAAUCUCCGAUUCCGGCGACGCCCCCGUUACGGCGGCCUCCUAUGCGCCGUCGUCUCAGCACUUCUUCUCUUAACAUCACUCUCCCUCCUCCGCAGCCACACUCACCGUCGCUCCGAGAUAAACUACGACUCCCUCCUCUCCGAUUCAUCGAACGAGGACACAACCGGCGGAGAGGACACAAUCGACGCACUCGACAUUGUCGAAGAACAGGCUCCGGAAUCAACAACAGACGCGGAAGAAGACGACGAGCCAAUCGAAGAGAGCAACAAAGCUUCCGGCUAUUUCUUCUACCACGUAGAAGGCGUAAUAAGAAGAUCAUUCAACAAGCGAUCGACGAUGACGAUGACGGAGGAAUCGAAUCAAGGAUUCAGGAUAUUCGAAACGACGUUGGAGGAUCGCGGGAAGACCGCGUUUGGUUCUGAUGACGUGGCGGUGGAUGAGUACGUGAAGACGAAGAUGAUGGAAGUGAAGGGAAUCGAGGACGCGCUUUUGUUGAAAGUUGGUAAGAAGCCUUUGAGAGAAGGUUGGAGUAAUUGGUUUGAUAAGAAAAGUGAUUAUUUGAAGAAGGAUAAGAUGUUGAAGUCGAAUUUGGAAGCAUUGAAUCCUUUGCAUAAUCCUAUUUUACAAGAUCCUGAUAGUUUUGGUCUCACUGGCCUUACCAAGGUUGAUAAACUCUUGCAAAAGACACUGGUAAAUGAGUUAAAGAAAAUUCCAUUUCCUUCUAGGAAAAUUAGUAGAGAACCCAAAUUAGCAGCAUAA